AGCCUGGGAGCAGGUUGUGUAACUUUGCUAAUGUGCGAGCAACUUUAAAAUCCCUUCCUCCUCCACCCGAGACAGUAUCAAGAAAAUGAGAGGCACUCUAUACAGCUGCAACUUUUGGCAAGCCAGCUUCUGAAUACUAUUUUGUAUAUAUACACACAUAUUUUGAAGUAUUGCGUUGACUUUUACCUUUUUAAAUAUAUUUGAUGGAAAUAUAGACUCUUAAAAAAACAAAUUUUUCUGAGGAAUUACACAUUCUCCUCGUUGAGUUAAACGAUGAAUUAUCAAACGUCGAUGUAUUUAGUAAAACUUUUUGGUCUUUAUUUGACUUGCCUGCUUGUAGAAGUGGAUGGACAGCAGCAGCGGCAAAAACAAGUGGAACAGGAGAACUCGGCCGUUUGGCGCCGACGAAUUCAGUGGCAAAAUAACGGGCGCGUUUAUAGCUUGCUGAGCCUGGGCUCCGAGUACCAGCCGCCUCAGGGCUCAAGCGGGAGCAACAGCCUCUUCCUGCUGAGUGACACCAACAGCACAGCGGGCAGCGGCAGGGCCGGUGGCGCCAGGUGGAGACCCUCUUCCUCAGCUCGCUCGCCCCAGACUCCUUCCGGAGCCCGAGCGACCAGACAUCGGGGAGACUCGUCUUCAGCCCGAGCCCAGCAGCGCCCGUCCGGUGCCAGACGGACAGAUGCCAGUCAAUGGUUGCAGAGCACGAGUAGCAAUGGCCCGGGACCUUCCGGAUCUCGGGGGGACUCGGGGCGAGCUGGGGCCGGGGCCGGGGCCGGGGUCCGGGCCGACGGGGAGCCGCGGCAGAGGGCACAGAAUAACGCCAGCCAAAACCUCGCAGAGACCCUCGCCACCCGCCAGAACACGUCGAGCCAGAGCAGUCGCGGGAUUGGCAAUGAGGAUAUCAUGGUCGGGGACGAUCCCUACAACCCCUACAAGCGCACGGACGACAAUCCCUACUACAAUUACUAUGAUACAUACGAGAGGCCCAGAACUCGAUCCCGCAGACCCGGCUAUGGUACCAGGUACUUCCAACAUGGUUUACCAGAUUUAACCCCAGACCCAUACUAUGUUCAAGCCUCAACAUACGUUCAGAAGAUGCACAUGUACAAUCUCAGAUGUGCUGCAGAGGAAAAUUGCUUGGCAAGUUCAGCCUACGGCUCGGGCAUCAGGGACUAUGACAUGCGUGUUCUACUUAGAUUCUCUCAGAGAGUGAAGAACCAAGGCACAGCAGACUUCCUUCCAAGCCGACCUCGUUACUCGUGGGAAUGGCACAGUUGUCAUCGGCACUACCACAGCAUGGAUGAAUUUAGCCAUUAUGAUCUCCUGGAUGCCACCACCCAUAGAAAAGUUGCUGAAGGUCAUAAAGCCAGCUUUUGCCUGGAGGACACUACUUGUGACUACGGCUACUAUCGAAGAUAUGCUUGCACAGCACAUUCACAGGGAUUGAGUCCAGGAUGUUAUGAUACCUACAAUGCUGACAUUGACUGCCAAUGGAUUGAUAUCACUGAUGUUAAGGCUGGAAACUACAUACUGAAAGUUGCAGUAAAUCCUAGCUAUUUGGUACCAGAAUCGGAUUACGGUAAUAACGUUGUUCGCUGUGACCUUCGCUAUACAGGCCACCAUGCAUAUAUCUCAGGCUGCAGGAUUUCACAAUAUUAACUACACAAAGAGCUAGAUGUGUUAAAGAAUGGAUUGAAUCAGUAACAUUUCCAAGUCACAAAACAAGUCAAACUUCAGUCUCCUUACAUGGCACCAUUUCAACUUAAAACAACCCAAAACAGGUAUUAUUUGCAGAAGAUGUUGAAAUCUAUGAGAACGUAUCUAUGAGAUGUAUUUCCAUCUUAAAACCCGUAACACUGUGUUUGGGCCCUGGAACCCAUCAUUACUAUUGCAGUGGAAUUUAUUUUGAUAAUUUAACUCAUUCAUUAUAGAUUGGUAUUGUGAAGGCAUUUGAUACAGCUUAUAUCCAUUCUGCCUAAGUGCAUUCUCCUACGACAAAGAACUGCAGUGGGAAUAGUGCCAAAUGGUAUCUUAUUAGUGAAUGAGUUAAGAUAAGUUUGGUGUGGUUAGACUAUUGUUAUCUUAUAGAUUUUUUAAAAAAUUAUUAAGAACGUGAUUAUUCUAACUCAAUCACCUCAAGAAAAGCUACUUUCUUACCUGAAGGACACCGCAUCCAGAUAACCACUGAAAAAAAGUAUUAUUGGAUUAGGCUUGUUUCAUUAAAAAUGGAGAAAUUAAAAGACAUAUACCUUUGAAUAUAUUUCAUUUACAUUUAACAGCAACUCAAUUACAUUCCAUGCGUUCAUCUGAACAGUAAAUCCUUUGUUUGUUAAAGGAUGACUAUCUGUGAUCAUGCACAUUUGGCUACACCAGUUGUAAUCACAUCUGAAACAUGAGAAUUAUUACUGGUUGCCAUUGUGUAUUUAUGCAGCAAACAGGUGUGGAAACAUUCAUGCACUUAAGGUCAUCAGCAGAGAUCCCAUUAAUAUAUAAAUCACUAUCUUGUUCAAAAUAAUACAUUAUUGUACAUCACUUCAUUCAAAUGGUUAAGGAUACCUGUGCCUUUUUGUAAAUUGGAGCUUGACCUUUUCAUCACAAUACCUCUGAUGACUGGGUGAUAUUUAUUCCUGUGGAAUAAAUGUUAAAGGCAUUUCAUUGUUUUGUUCUACAUUAAAGAGCCGAAUUUAUAAAUCCAUAUUCUGAAAUCUAUGAUAUCAAAUUAUGUAAAUAUGAAUUUAAAAGUUUAUGAAUGAAGUAGCUCACAAUUAAAGGCUCCUAUUUCUGAAACUGGUGUUUGAAGAUAGUUUGAUUUAAUGACAACGGUAACUGUGAAGAUAUUUCACUGUAAAAGAAUAUCAUUCUAAGAAUAACAUUUACUUUAACAUACAAUGUAUACAAAAUAUUACUAAUAAUGAAAAUGAAAUGUAAUUGUCAAGUUGAUGUAAAUUUUCAUCUUACAUUUAGUGCAGAUUUUACUCACUGAAUAAAAAUCCACAAAUAAUUUGAACUUUCAUUUAAUGAAACAUUGAUUAUUAGUUUAACAAAUGAAAUUUAGAAGUGAAGAAAAAUGUCAAGGACUUAAACAAAAUAAUAUUACAAACAUUUAACUUCAGUGAAAAAUGAAAUUAGAUUUUUUAAAAUAUAUUACCAAAGUCAAAGCCUUAAAUCAGGAAAAAAAAGACAGAUUAAAACAAAAUGGUUUCAUCUCUAGAAUUAACUUCUAUAAUCCCUAUUGGGACUUCCAUCAACUUUGUGUGAAUCUAAGAUUUAAAUUAGGAGGAAUUAUAUUUAUGAAGAAUAAAAUCAAACUAAUAAGGAGUCUGAGGGUGUGAUGGCACAAUAAUAUAAAUGCAUGGGUCACUUAUACACAUUGACGAUUCAGACAUAUACAGCUGGUCCCAUAUAAAAUGAUGGGCACUUAGAAAUAUUAGUAAAUCUUCAACAUUUAUAAUCAAUGAUUUCUGCAGAAGUGAAUUACUUACAUUCUGUAGUUUUAGUAUGAACAGUCUAGCAGAUGUAGGAGGCCAGUACUGAAUACAUGGAGAAAUAUGGCACACAAUAAAAUUAUGAAGUUACUUGGUACUGUAAAGAAAAUGACUCAUAAAGUUUAUUCAAUUUCUAAUUUUAAACAAUUGCCUUUGGAUUUGCCAUCUAAAUCAUGGUGAUCCCUCCCUCUUUAAAUUAUUGUGUAAAUAAUGUACAGUUGUCGGCUCAGCUGCAGCUUAUAUGACUUAUACUUGACAAUGGUGACCUAACAUAAUCAUUUGCCGCAAUGUUGCCAGAAUUGGAGGAAUGUGGUGAUGUUUGCUUCAUUUACUGUUCAUGUAGGACUUGAAUUUUUCUGUUUUUAUUUUUGCUUUAGUUCAGGUUUUUUUUUGUUUUACUAGUGUUUGUAAGAAUUGGUUAUUUUCAGUUAUUAAAAAUAACCAAUAAGAUGCAUCAAUUUUCAGUCUUUUUAAGCACAAUUAAAUCAGAAUAACAAGGAAAGAAUAUGCAAUCUCUCGGCACUGAUUCUGCAAGCUAUAGGGUGAAACUGUGAUUUGAAAUCAAUUUGGCCUGAUUUUAGAGGAAUGUAUAUGUGGGAUCCCUCCAGGUGUUAGACACAGUGAUAAUGGCUGGCCGUAACUCUCUUCUUUCAAGGAGCCAGUGCAUUUCAUCAUUCAUGUGGGUGCUUUAUUCAACAUGCAUAAAAACUCAAGUGAGCCUACUUUGCAAUCUGCCAGGAAAUAGGUUCAGCACCAAAAGUGAUUCUCUCAGGUACAAUAUCUCAUUGGUUUUCUUUUACCAAAGCAAUCAGCUACUUGGUUGGACACUGGGAACCUUUCACAAAAUUUCAAUCUCUGGAGCAAAAUCCCUUGAAGAAACAAUUUAGGCAAAACCUUCAAUUUAUCUAACAAAAUUAAGCACAUCUCUGGGUCCUUGUGAUACCUUUCCAUCUACUUGCUUCCUCUUCCAUUAGUUUCUUCUCAGUAACACCACUGACCAGCACAUGCUAUAUGCAGCAUUCUGAUAGCAAAAUGUAUAAUCUGCAUGGUUGCCAUUUAUUCACUUUUAUUGGUUCAAAAAUAUAAAAAGUGAUAUUUUACAGGUAGGCUUUUAGGAGUUUUAUUUUGUUUUUUAUCAGUUAAAAUCGAAAAAUUCAAGCCCUAUGUAUAUAAUGCACAUCACAAUAACACUAACUGACAGAACAAUCUGCCUUGUAAGGCCUAACAGUAAGCAAAGCACUAACAGUAUUGAUGCUUAAAACAAAGAAAAGAGAUCAGAUCAGUUAAAGAUUCAUAAGUACUAAAGAUUACAAACUAUCUGAUUGGAAACAAAUUAUAGGCCUUUUAGCCCGAUAUAUCUGUGCCAGCUCUUUUAUCCAAUUUCUGUUUAGAAAAUGCCUUUGAAUCUGCUUCCACUACCCUUCAGGAAGUGCAUUCAGACAACAACUUGCUGCAUGAAACAAAUUUCCCCUUUGGUUCUUCUGCCAUUCAACUUAAAUUGGAAUUCCACUCUGACAAACUUUUCUGCCAGUGAACAUAGUAUCUCCUUAAUUUUUCUUCCAAAGUAUCCCAUAAUUUUGAACAUCUCUAAUAAACUUCCCUUUAACCUUCUCUGGCCUGAGCUUUUCCCAUCUAUGCAUUUAACUGAAGCAUCAAACAAUACCAGAUGUGUGAAUCAAUCUCCUCUGCACCAUAUCCAGGGACUGACAUGAUUCCUUUGCAGCACCAAGAAUUGGAAACAGUACUUUAAGUAAGGUUUAAAAAACGAUUGUAGGGAAUUAGCAUAGUUUCUGGCUUUCAACUUUAUAUUUCAUUUUUUGUAAAACCAAGCAUUCCACACACAAAAAACAUUUGGGGGAUUAUUUAAAUGAUACCAUUCCAACUUGACUCUUGCCUGACAUAUGUUUUUUAAAGCAUUGUGGUUAUGAUUUAAAGACAAUCUGAAUCCCCAUCCCAUGACUUAUUUUGGUGUCAUUAGGCAUCUUUUGAGCCCAACAUGUAUGACCUGUCUGAAGCCUGCCAGCUGCUUCAUUCCAUCUACUUUUGCCAGGCAGAUGGCUGGCUGGUUUUAAAAGAGGUCCAGUUAUUAAAGUUGGCUGACGCCUUGCACGAAGAUAGGUUGGAAGUCAAAAUCUAUCUUUAUUGCUUUUAGUCCAGGAAUUUAAAGUACUUUUCAAUUAGAGAUUGCAGCACAAAUAACAGCGAAUAUAGAAUCCACAGCUAGACUGUUAGAUGAAACAACACAAGAGCUAUUGGCAAUCUAAUAAACAAUAUUCACUUCACAGCAAACUGAAAUAGUCUAUUCCAAUCAAACAAUCAUUUUCUUUUCACUAGUAUCAUCAAUGCACAGGGGGGUUGGCAAGUAGUAGUAUCACAAUUGCCUGUUACAGCAGAGAAAUUAUCAUCUUCUUCCUGUUCUUAAUCUGAACCAUGCAGUUUAGGCAUAAUUUUGUCUGGGUAAAAUGGUGUCAAAGUUUUUGGACGUAACCUGAUAUUUUGUUUUAAAAUCAUAAAUUAAAAAAUGUAAUUUUCCUCCAUUAGUGUGCUGAUAGUGAAAAAAAAUAUUAUAGUUAUCAUUGUUAGGCUUACUCUGAAAGUGCUUGCUCAUAGCUGAAAUGCAACGUCAUUAUGGAAGACAACACCGCUUCAAAUGGGGGUAAAAAUAAAAGUACAUAUGUAACAGAAGUUAUAUUUAUUGGCCAUGGGGAAAUGUUUUUAUCAUAAGAAGUGCUAUCAUGACUGCCAAAGAAAUUGGGUUAGCCAAAAAUUAAUCAUAGACUGCAGGUUCCAACUAAAUAAAGGAACAACAUGUUGCAAUGGGUUUUAUUCUCAUUGAUUUUCUAUAAAUACAAUGCAUUUUACCACUAAAGGUGCAAUUUCAAUUUAGAACUUAGGAAAAAACCUCAAGUUUCAUUCAAAAUAUAAAGAAAAUGCUAUUACUGGAAACAUACUCAGUGAUAAACAAAAAUGAAAUGCCACUAAGGUUACAAGCCUGUUUUGGUGCAUCUCACCAUAUGUAUUUGCUUUAUACUGAAUUUCUUAACUUUUAGCUGCAGGUAACUUUUAUUUCUAGAAAUUAUUGUAUCUGUACUUGAACCUUAUAGUUACUGUAUAGAAAUAAUUUGUAGAUGGUAGACAUGUAAUGGCUAUUGCUAUUUCAUAAUCCAAAGUUAUUUGCCUAUAUCAGAUUGUGAGAUCUUAACUUGAAUAAAAAACAUUUUCAACUUGU